GUAGGGGGAAGGCCUGGCACGCUCCAGCCAACCAGGGCGUCACCUGCAGCUCGUCCCCCUGCCCGGGCUUGCCUCGAGCGCCCUGCCGCCGCCGGAGCGGGGAGGGUGUUGGGGGCAGGUGGAGCCGGGAGGGCCCAGCUGAGAAUUCAGGGUUGGGGGCUCAGAGGGCACUGCGGCUAGGAGCCCGUCAAAGCCUGUCGCCCACUGGGGCGAGGGCAGGUGGGAGAGCCUGGCCGUGCGUCGCGCGCUGGUUGGCCGGCUGACGCCCCAGUGCGCAUGCGCGUCCGAACAGCCCUGCGGGCGGAGCGACUGUCCUCCCUUCUGGUGUACUGGGUGGGAGGUGGAACUAGUCGGACAAAGCCCUCGCGUCGGACCCUUGCCAGAACUCAAUUAAUGGAUGCCUGGAAGUUGACGUACAUAUAUAUUCAGAAAUGUUUUGCCACCUGAGACCUAUGAGGAGGUUAUGUCUAGAGAAGAUAUUUCCACACUGGUUUCCCUUUUCAAGAGCUUUAUCGGGAGCUGAAGCAGUCAAUGCCUUGAGGCCUUUCUAUUUUGCAGUACAUCCAGAUUUCUUUGGACAGCACCCCGUAGAAAGGGAAAUCAAUGAAAAUUCUCUUAAAAGGUUAAGUGUCUACCUAGAAAACCUCCAGAAACCAGGCUUCAAGUCUUUGAAACCUACUCAGCUUACAUUUUAUGUAAGAGAAACAGAGCAGAGUUCCUCCGAUGGCCAGGAACCUUUUAGUACUUCCGGAUUUCGAGCAGUCAAAUUUACUUUGCACACCAGAGAUCUGCUAAGCACAGUGUUAUAUAUUCUCAACUCCUGCAGUUUAUCUGUUGAACAUAUCCAAAGCUUGAAUACUAAUGUGCAUACCCAGCCUCUCAAAGAAGCUAAAAGGAUGCCUGACAGGCCCAUCAAAUGGGACAAGUCUUAUUACUCCUUUACUGGAUUCAAGGACCCUGAUGAAGACCUUGAACAAGUCUCGAGAGUGGAAACAACUCUCACAUCCUGGUUAGAUAACAAUGGGAAAAGUGCUGUUAAAAAGCUAAAGAACAGUUUGCCACUUAGAAAAGAACUAGAUCGUUUAAAAGAUGAACUGUCUCAUCAAUUGCAACUCUCAGAUAUCAGGUGGCAGAGGAGCUGGGGCAUCGCCCACCGCUGUAGCCAGCUGCAUAGUUUAAGCCGCUUAGCACAGCAGAAUUUGGAAACACUUAAAAAAGCAAAAGGGUGUACAAUCAUAUUUACAGACCGUUCUGGCAUGAGUGCAGUGGGCCAUGUGAUGCUAGGAACAAUGGAUGUCCAUCACCACUGGACAAAACUUUUUGAAAGAUUGCCAAGUUAUUUUGACCUUCGGAGGAGGCUGAUGAUUUUAGAAGACCAAAUAAGCUAUCUUUUAGGUGGCAUACAAGUUGUUUAUAUUGAAGAAUUACAGCCAGUAUUGACACUUGAAGAAUAUUACUCUCUUCUUGAUGUGUUUUAUAAUAGACUGUUGAAAAGUAGGAUACUAUUUCACCCUCGAAGUUUGCGUGGUUUACAAAUGAUCCUUAACAGUGACAGAUAUGCUCCAAGCUUGCAUGAACUCGGGCAUUUUAAUAUUCCAACACUCUGUGAUCCAGCAAAUCUCCAGUGGUUUAUUCUCACCAAAGCUCAGCAGGCAAGAGAGAACAUGAAAAGAAAGGAAGAGUUAAAGGUUAUUGAAAAUGAAUUGAUACAGGCAUCAACAAAGAAAUUUUCUUUGGAGAAGUUAUAUAAAGAGCCCAGCAUUUCUAGUAUACAAAUGGUGGAUUGUUGUAAGAGACUUCUAGAACAAUCACUGCCUUACCUACAUGGGAUGCACCUCUGCAUUUCACAUUUUUACUCUGUUAUGCAAGAUGGAGACCUUUGUAUUCCUUGGAAUUGGAAGAAUGGAGAAGCCAUUAAGUAACACAAAAAUCUGUUUUAUUUUUUUAAGAGAUAAGAAAGGAACUUAAAUUAAAAAUAUUUAAAUCCACAAUUUGAUAUAACAGUAUUAUUUACAUAUCAUAAGAACAAAGUUUCUAACUGCUGCUUUAAAAGUAGACUUUUUUUAAAAAAUUAAUUUCUGCUAGGAGAGGUUUUAUAGGCCAGGCGUGGUGGCUCAUGCCUGCGGUCCCAGCUACUUAGGGAGGCUAAGAUAGGAGGAUCACUUGAGCCCAGGAGGCCAAGGUUGCAGUGGGCCCAGAUUGCACCAUUGCCCUCCAGCCUGAGCAACAGAACAAGACCUUGUCUCAAAAAAUAAUAAUGAUAAUUUAAAAUAAAUAACUAAUAAAAAGAUUUUAUAUCCCAGUCUUAUGAUGUUGGUUGGCAAGGCUAGAUAAAAAGAUGUUAGAAUGAAAGAACAUAUUUUUAGUGAUAUGUAAAUGAAGGAUUCUACAAUAGUCAUAUAUUUUUAUAUGAAUGAAUGUUGGGUUGGGCUGGAGAGGUAUGUGUGUGUAAAUAUAAAGGUCUCACAUUCAGAGUAUAGCUCUGAAAUAAUGGAACUCAUGUCUACAAUUCAACAUGCAUCUGUAUAGUUACAUCUCAUGUAAAUAUACACAGACAUAUUUUGCAGCCAGUAAUUGACAGUUAAUGUCCAAAACAGGUGAUUGAUAGGUAACAGAAAUUAGAUAACCACCAAUUUUGCCCAAGAGAAAGACUAGAAGGACUAAAAGCAGUUGAAUGUAUGGUACUGACAUUGUCAUAAGCAGUCUGAUAACCAGUUUAUUGAAACGUGUGCAUUAACAGAGAAUUUAAUUUUAAACCCAUAAUUUCUCCUAUCCAUUAAAAUAUUAUAAUUGUUAGUAGUAUGAAACCAACAGGAAAUGUUUUUUAAUCAUUUAGUGAGGUGAUUCAUUUGUUUCAUGGGCAAACACUAUCCAGGAAAAGCCUUGCUUGCCUGUUUCCCAAAGAGCUCUAAGAAAUAGAAUCAAGUGUAAAAUGGUUCAGACCAUUCAGGAUUUCUUGUCACUCUUCUCAACCCCGAUCUUCCUGUUAUUACUGAUGUUUGAAACCCUGUCAUUAGCCCCGGCCUGGUUAAAGCCCCUCAGAGUCACCUCUCAUUCAUAGCAAUAGAAUUCAACCCCAAGUGGUUGAUGGUGUCCCCAGCACAGCCGAGAGACCUGAUCUCUGGAUUCAGUGCUUUUAGCUCUUCGAGUUUACCCUAAGAUACCUUCGGGCAAUAUUUUUAACCAACCCAAAAGCUCUUCAGGUCAUUUCUGAAGAGGACAAGGUGAAUCUUGGCUUGGAACACCAUUUUUGGGCUCUUGCUGCUGAAUGAAUCAGAAAGGAAUUUUUUCUGAAGAGCAUUAGAAAGUAAAGGAGAUGUUAAAAUAAGUUCUUGAAGUAUGUUUUAUAUUUAUCUAAAACACUGAUUUUAAAAGUUUACAUUCAAAUGUGUAUUCAAAAGAAGUACUGAUUUGUAAUUAUUAUAGUUUGUGUGUAUCAUCCCUUUUAACCGUGCCUAACAACUAUACUUAAAUUUUGUUUUCUAGUGUAACAAAUGUUUCCCAUAAGAUUUUCUAGAGCCAAAUAAUGGGAGUGAAAAAUUCCUUAAGUGUUAUAUAAGAAAAUAUAUUAGAAAAUCAGGUUUGGAUUAUACGAUUUCUAAAAUAUACUAAUACAGAAUCCUCAGUAAUAUGUUUUGAAUUGGAUUUUUUCUCAGAACUGUUACAUAAUAAAUAAUACAUCAACCAGAUAACUGUUUUUUUCUUGUUACCCAACUGUUAUUAGUUUUGGAACUAUUGCAGUAUAAUAGGAAAUGAGAAGAAAUUGGUA